ACGAGCCUUGCCAAGGGGAGCGCUUCUCCUUUAAAGCAGCCACGUGGGCCCGCUGCUGGUGAGGAGCCUGCCCUGCUUUCCCCACGCCGAGGAGGAGCUGGCGCCGUGUCAGUUUCACCCGCCCAAGCUCGCCGGGGAAGAAAGAGGAGGGUGUCGGAUUCGCCAAGGACCGUUCACGCAUCUCCAUCCGCAUCUGCGAGCAAGGGGGACCGGCAGAGCAGCAGCAGUGGGAGAGAGAAGGAAGGAAGGAGAAGGAAGGAAGGAAGACAGACAGACCCGGGAGGGGGACGAAGCCCAGCCAAGCGCAUUGCAGCUGCGGGGGGCGAAAGAGGAGCCCUCACUACGCGCGCCCUCCACCAGCCCGAUCGCCUCUGCGCUUCUUUCCUCCCCACAUCGCAGAGCCAGGAGAGGCAGUUUGCCAAGCCGCCCGCCCCCCCCAUCCCAAAAAGGAGGCCCCUUCACUGCCAACCUGCAGCCAAACUAAGGAACACAAGACGCCUUUUUUAUUUUGGAGAGGGGCGGGGCUUCUGGAGACAACCUGGGCGGAGGGGACCUUGCGCCCUGAAACUGCAUCCUUUUGCGCACCGGGUUCCCUGGGAAUUGGAGAGGGGUUUUCCUCUCCCUCUUGGCGCUUUGACUCUGAAGGCACAUCCACACACCAACACCCCUUCGCCGGCUCUUGCACGCCCCCUCCCUCCCUUGCAAGAUCAAUACUCCACGCACGCACCGAUUUUUUUUUUAUGGGUCACAAAGCGACGUCGCAAUGCUGUCCAUGUCCAAGACGUCUUUUAAAAUUAAGCAACACCAGGAUCCAGGGACGAGGGGUCCAAAGUCCCCCGACAUGAGUGACAAGAGGAACGAAUCCUGCCACGCUCUGAAAUGCAUCCCAGGCGAAUAUAUCCGAGAAGAGGCAGCUCACGUGCGGAAAAGCAUCCCUUCCCAAGAUGGAGAAGCGACCUACAUCCCAGGCACCCUCUAUUGCACCAACCUGAGAGUGGCUUUCUUACCAGACCCGUCUCCAAACACAGAGGACUGCUCCUGCCAAACUUUCAUGCACAGCGACUAUGACGUUGCCCUCCCUUGCAUCGGGAGACUGCUCGCCGUCAACAGCUUCACCAAGGCUAAAGUGCUCACUAGUACCUCGACCCUGAAGUUCAUCCCAGAGGAGCUGAUCAUCUGCUGCCGGGAUUUCCGGGUGUUGCGGUUCCGGUUCCACGACAGUGGCUUGGAGCCUCAGGCCUUCCGGGUCUCGAUGGCUAUCGCUCAGGCCCACGAGAGCAGCACCAGGGAUGGCUCCUACGAAGAUGCCGCCCUGAAGAACUUGGGGAACUGCCGGCCGAAUCAGGAGGAGGAGGUGCUGGAGGAGGAAGAGGAGAAGAAGGAGGACGGGUCCCCAACCCUCUUGUUCCAGACCCUCCGGGACUGGGAGAAAGAGCUGCAGAGAAUCGGGGCCACGGGUUGGCGGGUCAGCCCUGUCAAUGAGCGCUUUGACAUGUCCACCAGCCUCCCCAAAUACUUGUGGGUGCCCAGUUGGUUUCUGGACAAUGAGCUGAAGAGGGCCUUUGUCCAUUUCAACGAAAGACGCAUCCCGAGGCUGUGCUGGCAUCACCCAGGAGGCAGUGAUCUCCUUCGAGCGGCCAGCUUCCACCCUGAUUCAGACCCAGAGAAGGAAGACAUGAGGUCAGUGGAAACUCUAAUGCUUGCUGGCCACCCCCAAUGCGUGAUUGUCGAGGUGACGGCGGACCUCCCCAGCCCCCCGGAGAUCCAGCAGUCCUACUCCAAGCUUUGGAACCUGAGCCUCUGCCUUGCUGAUUCCUUCGUCUCGUCCUCCGAUGAGAAGUGGCUCUCGAGCCUCGAAGGCACACGGUGGCUGGAUCACGUGAGGGUGUGCUUGAAGAAGGCCAGUGAAGUGGCUGUGCUGCUGGCUGAGAGAAGCCGCUCUGUCCUCCUCCAAGAAUCGGAUGACAGGGACUUGAAUUGCUUGCUGGCCUCCUUGGUGCAAGUCAUUUCAGACCCACACGCCAGAACCAUCUCCGGCUUCCAGAGCCUGGUCCAGAAAGAGUGGGUGGCGACCGGGCACCCGUUCCUGCAGCGCCUGAACCUCCUCCAGAAAAACGACCGGGAUGAGUCGCCGGUCUUCCUGCUGUUCCUGGACUGCACCUGGCAGCUCCUGCAGCAGUUUCCUGGGUCCUUCCAGUUCACCGAGGCCUACCUGGUGGCUCUGCACGAAAGCAGCUAUGUCCCAUUCUCCAACACCUUCCUCUUCAACUGCCAGUGGGAGAGAGGGCGGAGGAACCAGAACCGUUUUCUCACCCCGCUCUACACUCCCAUCAACGGCUGGCGAGAACCCCUCUGCCUGGAGAUUCUGGAGAAAGAUGGCUACCCGGUCAAGGAAGCCACGGGGGCCUCCCUGCCCACCAUCUGGGACUGGUCCUUGAGAUACAGCCCCCGGCACAUGGCGCGCUUCCGGAACCCCUGCUACAGGCGCAGCGGGAAUGGCGGCAGCAAUGGCGGGGCUCUGAACGGGAACUUCCUUCCCCAAAACAUUGGCAAGAUGGAAAACGCUCCUCCUGGGAAAAGGACCCUGUACUUGUUCUCCAAGGGCUCCCUCUCUCUGCAAGCCCACUUCUUCCCCUGGAAAAACGGCUCCCUAGCCAAGAAAGGCUCCCGCCGGUCUCAGGGGUCGGAGGCCCCCAGGGAGCAGGACAGGUCGCGGAGGUGCAAAACCCGGAGCUUCCUCCUCCAUCACGACGGGCUGCUCCUUCUGCCAUCAUACGCAGGGCCCUCCAUCCGCUUGUGGAGAAGGUGCUACCUUCGCGGGAGCCCGGAAACCCAGGCUGGUCUCUUUGCUCCCAGCAUUGUGGGCCUCACUGAGGAACUGGACCUGCUCCAAGAGCGGCUGAACUACUGGCAAGCCAGAGGAAGCUAGCGGCACGAUGCUCGAGAAGGCCGAAGCAUUCCAUGCAGAGCCCACGCAGACUGCCUGGAGCUCCCUCCUGCCACCCCAUCAAGAACGGGGCGGGUCCUCAGCGUAUCCAACGCAGACCUGGUGCAUCCCGCUUCCCAAGAAGAGACAGCAGUUCAAUAUGCACAUUUCAGAGAUUCGCAGAAUCGUCGAGUUGGAAGGGACCCCAAGGGUCAUCCAGUCCAACCCCCUGCAAUUUUCACAGAGCUCCAUUUGGAAGUCUUACCCAGUUGGCAGAAAACUGAUGCACUCAGGCUAUGGGAUUGAUGUUUGUGGCUGGACAACCGUGCCCCGAAUCAUCGGAAGUGUCUGUUCUGAAGUUGCCUGGCCCAGCAAACAGAUCUUAUUGACCCACCUGCGGUUCUGUCCUGAAUUUAUAUUCGCCCCAAAUGUUCUGUUUUGAUUGCAAAGCGACGUGGGGCUUAAUAUCGCUGCGAUAUUGGGUGCCUGCCAUCAGGUGUUUGCUUUGUCUUUUUUUUUUUAAUUAAAAAACUUAUUAAAGCCGCAUACAUUUAUGUGGCUCCCCCCAAAGAAUCUUGGGAAAUGUAGUUUGUCAGGUGCACUAAAGAUCACCAACUACAGUUCCCAGGAUUCUUUGGGAGAAGUCAUGUGCCUUAAAUGUGUGACGUGUCACUAAUCCAGAUUAAAUUUGGUGGGGAGGGGGGCCAGCGGGGAAUAACAUGGGCCGCUGGCAUUCUGAUGUUGCUAUCAUGAUGCCCCCCCCAAAGGCCUGAAUGCUUGAGGAGCAACCAUCCCAUAAUAAACACCUGCCUGGAAGUGCCUGGAAGCUCAGAGUGGGCUGACCAGCUCUGUGUAGUCUGCUUUACUCUCUCUGCCUCCUAGAACCCACCAAGGGGUAUUGACCUAUAUGUCCCCAAAAUGUCCAGUUUUCGUAAGACUUAAAACGUGGGGUAGCCAAUGCGGUUCCCUCCAGAUGUUGGUGGGCUUCGGCUCUCGCUGUCAUCCCUAACCACUUGUUGCACUGGCUGCUGCAGCUGCGAGGGGGCUUGGAGAUGAACAACAUCUUGAGAGCACCACAGGAGGCAGUGAUGGCCCCCAGCCCAGAUGGCUUUAAAAGAGGAUUAAACACGCUCAUGGAGGAGAGAGUUAUCGAGGGCUACUAGGCAGGAUAUAGGGACGCGGGUGGCACUUUGGGUUAAACCACAGAGCCUAGGAAUUGCCGAUCAGAAGGUCGGCGGUUCGAAUCCCCGCGACUGGAUGAGCUCCCGUUGCUCGGUUCCAGCUCCUGCCAACCUAGCAGUUUGAAAGCAUGUCAAAGUGCAAGUAGAUAAAUAGGUACCACUCCGGCAGGAAGGUAAACGGCGUUUCCGUGCGCUGCUCUGGUUCGCCAGAAGUGGCUUAGUCAUGCUGGCCACAUGCUGUACGCUGGCUCCCUCAGCCAAUAAAGCGAGAUGAGCGCCACAACCCCAGAGUCGGCCACAACUGGACCUAAUGGUCAGGGCUCCCUUUACCUUUUCCUUUACUAGCCAGGAUGGCUAUGCUCUGCCUCUGUAGCUGGAGGAAGAAAUGCCUCUGAACCCCAGUUGCUGGAGACCACAGGAGGGGGCAAUGCGAUUGUGCUUAAAUCCGGCUUGUGGGUUCAUUGGAGGCAUCUGGUUAUGAGAACAGGAUUCUGAACCAGGUGAGCCUCCUUGGCCUCAUCCAGAAGACUCUUCUUGCACAGAAUAUCUGCUUCGUCCAGGCAUAUUUGCAAGCGUCAGGCAGCCCAUGAGAAAUUGGCUAGUGGACCGGCACCUCCUUCAGUCCCUAGACUGCAGUGUUAGGCAUGAGCUUUCCUUUGCAGUCUGUAAAAAACCAAACAAGAACCCUGGAGUAUUAGAAUCUUGCUCUUCUUUGUAGGGGAAUAGAAGUGAAAUGUUGUUCCUCCUCUAUCAGAGAUGGUGGGGUGACUUUUCCUUUUCAACUGUUGCCGAGUAAUCAAUAUUUUGAUGCUUUGGGAUCCAGUGCUGAGCGGGCCCAAACCUCAUUAGAUCUGCAUCCACAAGGCUGCAACAAGGGCUUGCAAAUAAGUUUGAACAAACUUUGGAAAGUGAAACGUUCAGGAGGAUUCUCCCAACAGGCAGAUUUUUAUUUCCUGCCAAGCUGAGCAAUAAAUCUAAUGGCCUCAAAGCUCUGGACAGAACUGACGGGAAGCUUUAUUAUUAUUAUUAAACUGGGAAAUCAUGCUUUCGCAAUCUGUAAACCAGAUUUUCUGGCCAGUUCUGGGGUACAUACACACCCCAGUUCUUCUUUAGCACUUUCUGUGGUCAUUUCCGCAGUCACUUUUUUUUUAAAAAAAGUUUGGUGUGGAAGAUAAGAGGUGCCAAAACAGAUGUUCAGAGAAGCUUUUUUUUAAUAUAGCACUUAUUGAGAAAUGGCAUGUUAUGUAUGUGAGAGAAAUCCCAUCCCCUGCCUCUAGCCUGCUUACUGGCCUGAGAUAUUGCCCUGUGGUUAAAUAAAGGGACCACCCUGGUUGCAAACAGGACAAUGAAUUAAAAAAGAGCUGGUCUGCUCCAACAAAUUAUUGUCCCCUAGGCAGAAAUGGUGGAAUUUUCUGCUGUGUGUACUGUUCAGAAAUGAAAGAACAUGGUACAGCUGUGUGCAUGUAUUGGAGAGUCCUCUAAAGGGCUUUAUCCCAAAAUCACAGAAUUGUAGAGUUGGAAGAGACUCCAAGGACCAUUCUAGUCCAAUUCUCUGCAAUCACAGAUAAAGCAUCCAUGACAGAGGGUCACCCAACCUCUGCUUAAAAACCUCCAAGGAAGGAGAGUUUGCCACCUUCCAAGGGAGUCCGUUCCACUGUAAAACAGUUGCUGCUGCUGCCACUCCAUACUCAAGAAUAGGUUUUCCCGAGGCUUGUUAAAAAACAGGAGCCCCCCCCCAUCCUGGAAAUUCAUUAACAGUGUUCGUCAGGCAGCAUUCAAUGUUGCUUUAUAUGUCUGGUAUCUAUAAAUCAUCAAAGCGGAGUCCUUCGGUACGCCGUUGCCUGGGAACGCCGAAAUGCGAUGCUGGUACUUAGGAACUUAAUACGUCUCUCCAUCCAUUUCUGUAUAUUAUGUUUGCACUGUCUUGUUGUCGUGUUCCUUCAAUGUGUUUUUUCCCUUCACUAACAGGAGAAAAUCCAUAGUGGGAAAGUAUUUCCAUUUAAGAUAUAUGGUUUUUGUGUUUUUUUCCUUUUGCCCCCAAGCAAAGGGGGUUAAAAUGCUGCUGUUACAUAUUUGCUGUUAAAUGUUUCCAUUUCCAUUUUAUAAGCUUCGGUCCAGAAGCCUUUUAGAGCUAAUGAGGAAACAAGCAGUUUUAAGCUAAAGAACAAUUUCAAAUAAAUAAAUAAGUACCUUGAGAAUACAA